AUGGUUUGCGUACCGUGUAUCAUGGUGCCGAUGUUAUUGUUCUUAUGGGCCAUGAUCAAACCGAUAAUAAAUUGGUUCAGAAGACCGAACGAAAUCGCCACGGACCAAAAUAACACCGUCGACGAUCAAAGUGACAAUGUCUGUUCGUUACUGUCGUCUUGUCCUUGUAUCAACAAAAAGAACAUUAAGCCCGGGGAUGAUCAAGCGGCCGAGACCAACGGCGAUGAGAACGAAGAGUUGCUGGAAAAAAAACCGUGUGCGAAAGUAUCAGACAUUGAUAAAAAACGCGUUUAA